UUGGACACGGAGCAUCACCUGGAGGCGACCUGGUUGGAGCAAAUAUUCUUCCAAAACCUCCUGGUGCUAGUAGCAUUCUAGGACGUGCCUCUUCUGCGAAGUCGAGAGCAGCAGCUGACGCGGUCGACAGCAUUUCAAACAUACUGCCACGCGGUUACUACGAAAAUAAUUACUACAACACAGAAAUGGCAUGUGAAGACAUGCAAGAAAUGCAGAGACAGCAUGAGACGAUACUUCUCAAGACGCUCAAUACCUACCGACAGCAAAUGGAAACUCUAAAGACAGCUUUCAAAGCGCAACAAGAGGUAAUUCCUUUCUUUUUAUCCAGAUCGAUGAUUAGAUGACUACGUAUUUGACCAGUGAAAGAAAUACAUUAACAUCAUCAAAGAGGAUUUUAUGCGAGGAGAAAGGAACGAUUGUUGAUGCUUUACACGAUGAUGAUAUAAUUGGCGAGUACUACUUUGUUUUCAUGAUAUAUGUCGAUAAGCAAACAAUUGAAACACUAGUUCUAGAUACACUAGCCCCCUGGAGAGGUUCCCCAGGGAGAGGAGUCGAAGGGAAGACGAGACACCCGCUAGAGGGUGAACGUAGAGGGCAUGCAAAGAAGUGCGCUAACUUUCGAAAUACUUUCAAAAUUCAUCCCCUAACUUUCAAAGUGAAUGCCCUAACUUUCAAAAUUCAUGUCCUAACUUUCAAAAUUCAUGUCCUAACUUUCAAAAUUCAUGUCCUAACUUUCAAAAUUCAUGUCCUAACUUUCAAAAUUCAUGUCCUAACUUUCAAAAUUCAUGUCCUAACUUUCAAAAUUCAUGUCCUAACUUUCAAAAUUCAUGUCCUAACUUUCAAAAUUCAUGUCCUAACUUUCAAAAUUCAUGUCCUAACUUUCAAAAUUCAUGUCCUAACUUUCAAAAUUCAUGUCCUAACUUUCAAAAUUCAUGUCCUAACUUUCAAAAUUCAUGUCCUAACUUUCAAAAUUCAUGUCCUAACUUUCAAAAUUCAUGUCCUAACUUUCAAAAUUCAUGUCCUAACUUUCAAAAUUCAUGUCCUAACUUUCAAAAUUCAUGUCCUAACUUUCAAAAUUCAUGUCCUAACUUUCAAAAUUCAUGUCCUAACUUUCAAAAUUCAUGUCCUAACUUUCAAAAUUCAUGUCCUAACUUUCAAAAUUCAUGUCCUAACUUUCAAAAUUCAUGUCCUAACUUUCAAAAUUCAUGUCCUAACUUUCAAAAUUCAUGUCCUAACUUUCAAAAUUCAUGUCCUAACUUUCAAAAUUCAUGUCCUAACUUUCAAAAUUCAUGUCCUAACUUUCAAAAUUCAUGUCCUAACUUUCAAAAUUCAUGUCCUAACUUUCAAAAUUCAUGUCCUAACUUUCAAAAUUCAUGUCCUAACUUUCAAAAUUCAUGUCCUAACUUUCAAAAUUCAUGUCCUAACUUUCAAAAUUCAUGUCCUAACUUUCAAAAUUCAUGUCCUAACUUUCAAAAUUCAUGCCCUAACUUUCAAAAUUCAUGGCCUAACUUUCAAAAUUCAUGGCCUAACUUUCAAAAUUCAUGUCCUAACUUUCCAAAUUCAUGUCUUGACUUCGAAGGUUAGAGCCCAAAACGUAAGCACCGAACUCAGAACGUAAAUUCAAAAUGUAAAUUCAAAAUUCAAAAUGUAAGUUCAAAAUAUAAAAAGAAAAAUCAAAAUUCAAAAUGUAAAUUCAAAAUUCAAAAAGAGAAUUCAAAAUCAAAAAAGAAAAAUCAAAAAAGAAAAAUCAAAAUCAAAAAAGAAAAAUCAAAAUCAAAAAAGAAAAAUCAAAAUCAAAAAUAAGAAAAGAAAACAAAGGCAAAACUUUAUAAGUAAAUAGAUUAGACGCUUUUUUUUGUCUCAACAGUCCGCGGCCGCUUCUUCCGCAGGAGCUUCUCCAGGUCGGGCAACCCCUAGUGCCGCUUCCACGGGCUCCGUAUUUCAGAAGAAUGCAUCGUCUAUCGCUUUUGCGCAGCCACGGUCCGUCGAAGGCGCAUUUCGUUCUGCCUAUGCAGCUGUGGAAGCAUCUAGCUCAGCAAAUGCAGAUCCAGCGUAUCCCAGGUCACAGUCCAUGGAAUUCCGCAUGGAAAGACUGCUCACCUAUUCUCGGAGGCUUCUGCAGGAGAACGAACUUUUGCGAGGCCGCUUGGAUGCGACGACAAGCCAACGAGACCGCGUACUCAAACUCAAAAUGCCAGGAGGGGGAUCUGCAGAAGGGUAUUGCUUUGGAUGUUAAUUGUUGUUUUGCAAUUUCAUUCGACAUUGGAAUUGGCUCAUUCGAUGCUGAAGUAAGUAGACAGCGAUUUUGCUUUAGAGAUCGAGAAAGGGGCUGGUUUUCGUAUGCGUCCGGAAUGACUUGCGCAGCUAUGCACAUGCAGUGGCUCUAUGGGGGACUCUUUGAACAUUUUUUUAAUUUGAAUUUUGUUUUGCUUCCACCUGUCAGGGUUGAGUCUCUCUCCGAAAAAGUGGCUUUGAUGGAAAACGAGCGUGACGAGCUUCGAGUCCAGUUGGCGCGUUCUCAGGAGACAGCGCUACGGCAGCGCAGUGAGGCCCAGCUGGAGUUUACGGCUGUCCUACAGAGCCUCGUGGAUCAGACUUCGGGAGUGUUGGACUCCGCAAGCGAAAUCGAGAACCCAGUGUACAGUUACGCAGACGAGCUGUUAAACAGAAUGAAGAUGGUCGCGGACGCUGAAGCUGAAGCCACAAAUCAAAUACAACAAGGUGAUCUUAGUUCUGCAGGAAACCAGGUACUAGGGAAUCAAGUCGAAGGCGGAGCAGCGUUGUCCAUAUAA